UUCACUUGGGUGAGCAGCUCUAUGGGUGAGCUGGCCUCUGAGUACUUUUUUCCCCGGUCGUCAGAGAGCAUUGCCAUAAAAAAAUGUUGAUAUUUACCCACUGACUGCAUGAAGACCAUGAUUUUGGAAAUGUCGGAGUUGUGAAGUGAAGCUUGAAGAAACUGAAGAUCGGAAGCCUGCGUCUUCAUCUUGUCUCUCAACAUUUCUGACAUCUUCAUGAUUUCCUUCCGACGCGGAUACAGUCAAAGGUGUUGUAUUUACAACGAAGCGGCGGGACUGGACCAGUUUUCAUCAUGACUUUCAUGGCUUUGCGUGUAGGUCUCAACAUUUUCCAAAAGAGGCGCCCUGCAAUUUCCUCUCAAAGGUUGUGUUGUAAAUUUGGGAAAGCUGUUGGUACUACAUUUACUAGGACAAGAUUUAAUUUGGUAAAGGAGUUCAGUGCUCGGUGUCACAGCACUGGCCCUGUCCCUGGCCCCACCGGUGCCAAAGUCAAUCAAUCCAGAUGGCGGUACGUACGACGGACAUUGGCUGGAAUCAUUCUUCUUGUGCCCGUCGCUGGUUUAGGGACCUAUGCUAUGCUGGACAGCACUAGCAGGAGAAAAGUCUACGUGACUGGUCAAGGUUUCGUUAGGUUUUUCAGGACACUCUACAUUGGCACGUACAUCUCACUGGACUACAAAUGGAGCCUUUGGAACCUGGACGAAGGAUCUGAGGAAUACAAACAGGCUUUCCAGACCUGCAACGAGCGAACGGGAGACAUGAUUCUCAACGGGUGUCUUAAAAACAGAGGCUUGUACAUCAAGCUGGGGCAAGUACUCGUCACGGCAAACUACGUGCUUCCCAAGGAGAUCUUGAUGAAGUUGUCGGUGCUGCACGACAAGGCGCUGUCCCGGGAUUACAAAGAGUUAGACCAGUUAUUUCGAGAGGAUUUCAAGUGCAAGCCAGAUGAGAUGUUCAAGGAGUUUGACUCUAAACCCAUUGCCGCUGCAAGUCUGGCACAGGUUCACCGGGCAGUCACCCAUGAUGAUCAAGAAGUGGCUGUCAAGGUCCAGUACAUCAACCUGAGAGACCAGUACCAUGGGGACUUCAGGACACUGCAGAUAAUGCUGACCUUAAUUCACUGGAUGCACCCAGGUUCAAUCAACUACAAUGAAAUUCUAAGUGAUAUGGAGGAGCCACUCGCUAAGGAGUUGGAUUUUGAAAAUGAGGGACGCAACUCGGAGAGGUGUGCUGAAAAUCUACAACAUCUGAAAUACAUCUACGUACCUAAAGUACACUGGAAUUUAACAAGCAAGCGGGUUUUAACAAUGGAGUAUAUCCACGGCUGCAAAGUGACCAAUGUGGAGCAGAUUGAGGAGAUGGGAAUCGCUCCUGCAGAUGUUGAUGCUAAAUUGAUUGAAGCAUUUGGUGAGCAGAUCUUCCGCUCUGGAUUUGUGCACGCAGAUCCCCAUCCUGGAAACAUUUUUGUGCGGAAGGCCAAAGAUGGUAAAGCUGAGCUUGUGCUUUUGGACCACGGAUUGUACGAAGAGUUGCCAGCAAAGGUGCGACUAGCAUUGGGCAGAUUCUGGCGAUCCAUUAUCUUGAAGGAUGAACCAACCAUGAAACAGAGCGCAGCUGAGAUGGGGAUCAAAGAGUACCUGCUCUUUGGGAUGAUGGUCACCCAGCGGCCAAUCAACAUGAAGGCACGCCGGGGACUGCACAUGACCUUCAUCGUGCCACCUGAGGAGCUGCGCAAGAUGGCCAAGGAGUUCCACAAGAUGAACGAGAGCCAGACAGAGCUGAUGAUGGCCAGAAUGAACGACUUUAUCUUGUCACUGCCCAAGUCACUGUAUUUAAUAUUUCGAAAUAUGAACACGGUACGCUCCAUUGACCGGACCUUUGGCCAGCCAGUCAACUACCUCGUGACAAUGGGCAGAUGUGCUGCAGGUUCCAUGUUUUUUGAGUCGGAAGACAGAACCUUUGCUGGAAGAGUACGGGCAUCAUGGCAUCAAUUCAUCUAUGAUUUUACUCUCAGAUCUGAUCAAGUCCUGAAUUCCCUGACGAGUUUUGUCCUUCGUUUGAUGUUCCGUUUCGGCUGGACAUUUCCUUCAAAACCGACGGGCAGUGGACAUGACAUUAUGGACAGUUUGCGACCGUUGUGAUUCAGAGAACCACGUAAUACCCGCACAUUUUAGAAACAAUUGUUGUAGCGGGCCCCAAUAACUUUGGUUUUACUUAUAUAAAUUAUGUGUGUGUAUAUUAGAUCCUUCAUGAAGUAUAUUUAGAAACCUGAGGAACUUGUUUGUAGAGAAAGUUUACUAUACAAUUGUAGCCUGCUGUGACAGGGUCCAUGGUGUUUUGUACACCCGAGGCACCCAAGGCGAAGCCGAGGGUGCCAUUUGCCCCCGAAGGUGUACAAAACCAAUGGACCCCGUCACAGCAGGCAACAAUUGUUUUGUUUUACCACAGUUAUAGAUUACAUUUACAGCUGUCUAAUUCUGUCACUGGUAAUUUCUGAAACUGGUCUGUUCCUGUCGCGGUACUUGGUGAACUAUUCGCACAGAUUUGUCCGUAUUUUUCUUUGUGCUGAUGCUGUCCUGUUCAAAAAUCAAAUUUCUGAUCUUGUCUUUGGGACAAUAGAGAAACUUCUUCUUUUGGAGGCGACCUGUUGUCAUCUGCCAACAUCAUUACGGCAAAAUUGGCACGGUUAAAAUAAGCAGACAAACAGUGACAACGAUGUAAAUAACAAGCGCGGUCAUAGUAGAAAUAGUGCUCCACUGUCCCUCAUGGCACAUCUGACAGGAACAUACAUCAAUUUACGUAUUACCAGCGUAGCUACAACCUCGUUCCCGAGGUCACACUAGUAUAAUACAACUCAGUGAAAACGACACUUUCAAAAGCGGGAAAAAUCCAAGGUAUUAUACCUAUGGGGUACAUCACUCAUGUACCACAGCGUACAAUGCCCAUGCAUUUUUGUGGCAUGUCACAUGAUCCACUCUUGACCAAUAAAAAUUCACAAUCUAUUACCAUGGCAAAACGAGGAUAAAUGUUGCCACUCUGGAACAGAUGAUGUUCAGUUUGUGUGCAAUGAUGUGCCUUCCUUUAAAUGUGAUCAGCGUAUUCUAUUGACAUUUUGUGAAAUAUUUCUAUAGUUAUUCAUGAAACAUUUUGUUAAUAGAAAUAAAAUGGAAUGUAACAAAAAAAACCAAAAUAAUGUCAAAUCAAAAAAGUAACUCAAACAAAUGUAUCAAUGCAUGCAUUUCUUUAUUGUUAGCUUUCAAAGAAAAAAAAGAAAACAAAAGCAAGUAAUUAACCAAUUGCCCUUCUUACUAAAUUCACCCACAUUGAGAAUUUAUUUUUUAUUUUACAUAUCAUUCUACAAAUAAUUUUUAAACACAACAUAACACAUCAUUUUGAGUUUCUCCACAACCAGAAAUGCGUGGGGCAGACUUUGAUGUGUAUUCGCACUUCAAUGUUUCCAUAUCAUCUAAAUAUUAUCAAUAAAAAAUAAAACUUUGCUUGUGGCCAAAACAAGAAGAAAAAGAAUAAAAUGAUUAAAAAAUUGUGCGAUUGGCCCAUGCAAGACUGGUUGCGCCAAAAUGAUGUUGACCAACUUUUUAAAUUUUGUAACGGAAAAAUAAAUAAAUAGUUCGUUAACAAAAAAAACAAAGAAUAUAACUUCUUCAACCCUUUUCAAAUGCUAAUUUCCAACUCAUGCAGUUAAGGUAUGGAAACAAAAUAAAUCUUUUUCAACUAUGCUGGGCUAUGGAACAAAACUUUUCAAAAAGAAUAAAUGGUGUUAAAUCAAUCGGUCAAAAUAAAUACCAGCAAAGGUUUCAUGCAUGCAUGCUCAUGUGAUAUAUGUUGUCUGUUUUGGGAAAAUCGAAAGAAAUCAAAUUUAACACGAGCAACCAAAAUAAAAGCAAUGGUUAAAACCACAAACAAGAAACACUUAUUUCUUCUAUCCACUAUAAUUUUCUUAACUAGUUAUAUGUUCUUCAAUUGCUAUGUGAUGUUUAUCUACUUUAAAAACUACAACUACUGUCAAACGGUAACUAAAGCUGGCUUUUGAAGAAGUGCUCACCCCCGUUUUCCUUGUGAAAGGUUGAGGGGAAUAGUCGGACAGAAAUCUGUACGGUUACUUUUUCUCAGGGAGCGGAGUGGUUGUAACAUUUUUUUUAAAACUCAGGAAUCAAAACCAACUGUUAAUGCACUUGCAGCAAAGAAAGGUGCAAAACUUGCAUUCUCUGCUGUAUCAGAAUCACCAGAAUUUAUGUAUUUUUGUACUUAAUAUUUAAACUAAAACAUGUCAACCAAAUCAAAAAAAGUGUAAACUAACCCAAACCGAGUUUUGUGACGUGUUCAAAUUCGCAUCUCCGUUCUAUGUCCGAUGCCCAUGUAGCUGUAAGAAAAGUGAAAAUAAUAAAGACAACUUUCUUUUAGAAAAGUAUGCAUUUUAUAAAUAGUUAUAGCUUAUUUCUAACACAAUUCUUUCAGUCUUCAGUUGAGGAAUUUGGUGUGAAAUUAAAUUGCAAUCCAAUCCCAA